AUGUCCGGCUGGGUAGAUUGGUCAAAGACCACCCAAUCCAACAACUACCGCGGCUCCAACUCGUUCGCGACGUUCAUGAUCAUCGGCCCGACCUGCUUCUUCCUCGGCAUCCUCUUCGCCUCCUUCCCCUACGACUUCCCCCUCCUCUGGACCUCCGCCCCGGUCCCCGAGUCCUUCUACGCCCACCUCGAAACCCACCUCAAGUUCAUGCACCAGUCCCCGCCCCUGAUCGGCCGCCUCCUCAACAUCAUUGUCUUCACCGGCUUCCUCGGCUUCUUCAUCAAGCUCUUCCGCCCCUCCGAGGCCAACGUCCUCUUCGACGGCGCCUCCCUCGUCCUCUACCUCAUCGGCGUCGGCGUCUACAUCACAAACAUCGUAAAGGGCCUCCGCUCCGUCUCCGCCGGCAUCUGGGACGACGCCGCCGCCUUCGCCGACACCGCCGCCAAGGCCGCCGAGGGCGGCUCCGGCGAGAUCAUCCUCGGCAAGGAGGACAGCCUCAAGGUCCUCGCCGCCAGCAACACCAUCCUCGCCCUCGUCCUCGUCGGCGUCCUCGUCCUCCAGGCCGGCCAGUGGUACGCCGAGCGCAAAGACCGCGAGGACUUUGACAAGCUCGAGAAGGAGGAGUCCAAGAAGGGGGGGCCCGCCGCGUCCAAGAAGAAGCAGUAA